CUCGCCUCGAUUCCAUCGGAUUUUCUCGUGAAAGAAGAAAUCUUCGCAAAUCACAUUGACAAACAAAAGGCGGAGUCCGCUUUGAUGGUCGCCGCCGCCGCCGCCGUGAUCUUGCCAUGACGAAGCCGGCGAGGAGCGCGUCGACGUUGUCGGAGGCGGCGGCGGCGGAGAGCGCGCGGCGGGUGACGCCGAUGAAGCUGCUGGUGCGCGUGGUGGAGGCGCGGGGCCUCCCCGCCGUGCACCUCAACGGCUCCAGCGACCCCUUCGUCAAGCUCAAGCUGGGCAAGCGCCGCGCCAAGACGGCCGUCGUCAAGCGCAGCCUCGCCCCCGCCUGGGACGAGGAGUUCAGCUUCCUCGUCGGCGACGUCGCCGAGGAGCUCGUCGUCUCCGUGCUCAACGAGGACAAGUACUUCAGCAACGACAUGCUGGGCCUCGUCCGGGUCCCGCUCUCGCAGGUCAUGGAGACCGACGACCUCUCCCUCGGCACCCAGUGGUACCAGCUCCAGCCCAAGAGCAAGAAGUCCAAGAAGAAAAACCGCGGAGAGGUUUGCCUACACAUAUCAUUGUCCACAAGAACCCACGUAUCUGACGAAUCGCAGUGUGUUCCUCAUCCUGCUUCAGAUGACUUAGCAUCCAGCUCAGAAAGUCCCAGUGAGCACAAAGCUGCAACACUAUCAACAACAAGUAGCUACAUUGACCUAUCAGCCGUUUCCAGCAUCGACCGAGCAUCUCAUAGCAGUUUCGAACGAUUGCCAGACAGCAUACCGGAGCUACCAGCCCGGAGCAGCACGGAACAAGCAGCCCCUGAACCUGGACCAGCUGCGGAUAAUGAUGCAACUGCAAACCCAUCAUCAGUGGUGGAGGUCUUGUCCCGCUAUUUCUUUGGGAAACCUGUCGAUGCUCCUGUGCAUUCGACUACAUCAGAAACUGACUCAGUCGAUCAGUUCCAAGAGCCAAAGGUGAGCUCAUCAGAAGAUCAUGAAAACCCUGAGAAGGGCACAGCAUCCGAGUCAAGCCUUGAUGAGCUACUGAAGAUCAUGGAGUCAAAAGAUGAAGGCAGUGAAAUGCCAGCAAACUUGCCUGGUGGUGUACUGGUUGACGAAUCUUAUGUCACUGCACCAACCAACUUGAAUUCCCUCUUGUUUUCGCCAAAUUCAGAUUUCUGGCCAGCAGUAGCAGAGCUUCAAGGAACAAGUGGGUUUCAUAUCGAGCCAUGGAAACUUGAGAGUAAUGAGAGUUGCGUGCAAAGAACAUUAUCUUACACAAAAGCUGCAAGCAAGUUGGUGAAAGCAUGUAAAGCCACAGAAGAGCAGAAGUACUUAAAGGCAGCCAGAAAUUCUUUCGCAGUGUUCUCUGUUGUUAGCACUCCUGAUGUUCCCUGCGGAAAUUGUUUCAAGAUAGAGAUACUGUACUGUAUUACACCAGGCCCCCAGCUAUCUUCUGAAGAGCAAACAUCACAUCUGACUGUAAGCUGGAGGGUAAAUUUUGUUCAGAGCACAAUGAUAAAAGGAAUGAUUGAGAGUGGUGCAAAACAAGGCAUGACCGAAGGUUAUGCGCAGUUUUCUGAAGUACUGUCCCAGAAGCUUAAGGUAGUUGAGCUUGAUGAUCCUAAUUCAAACAAAGAAAAGAUUUUGGCUUCAUUACAUGCACAAAAGGAAACAGGCUGGAGGUUGAUUGUCCGCUUUCUCGGGAACUUUACAUUCAUAUUCUCUGUUGUCAUAGCACUAUAUGUUAUAGCUCACCUUCAUUUAUCCAAGCCCGAUGUGAUGCAUGGGCUUGAGUAUUUUGGUCUUGACCUUCCAGAUUCAAUUGGGGAGGUUGUAGUUUGUGCAGUUUUGAUUCUUCAGGGACAGAACAUUGUCAGAGUAAUACGGCGCUUCUUAAGUGCAUGGAAACAAAGAGGUAGUGAUCAUGGGGUCAAAGCUCAUGGCGAUGGCUGGUUGCUUACUGUUGCGCUUAUUGAAGGCACUGGUAUAACAGCUGCUGGUUCAUCUGACCUAUUUGAUCUCUAUGUUGUUUUUACAUGCAAUACAAAGAGGAAAACAAGCUCAAUUAAAUUUCAAACAUCAGAUCCAAAAUGGAAUGAGGUAUUCGAAUUUGACGCUAUGGAUGAUCCUCCAUCAAGGAUGGAUAUCGCUAUUUAUGAUUCAAGUGGACUGUGUAUCAUUGGUCACACAGAAGUGAACUUUCUGAAAAACAAUUUAUCAGAUUUAACUGACAUAUGGCUUCCUCUCGAUGGAAAGUGUGAUCAAGCAAGUAGCCCUAAAUUGCAUUUGAGAAUAUUUUUGAACAAUUCGAGGGGGACUGAAGUUGUCAUGAAUUACCUAGCGAAAAUGGGGAAAGAAGUUGGUAAGAAGAUAAAUUUGCGGUCAGCCCAAACAAACGCAGCAUUCCGGAAGCUAUUUGCCCUCCCUCCAGAAGAGUUCCUUAUCGACGAUUUCACCUGCCAUCUAAAACGGAAGAUGCCACUUCAGGGGCGCCUCUUUUUCUCUCCAAGAAUAAUUGGAUUUUAUUCAAACAUAUUUGGACACAAAACCAAGUUUUUCUUUUUGUGGGAAGACGUUGAUGACAUCCAGGUUAUCCCUGCUACACUGUCAAUUGGUAGUCCGUCAUUGAUGAUGAUCCUCCGAAAGGAUAGAGGUUUAGAAGCAAAACAUGGUGCCAAGGGAACAGAUCAUCAUGGAAGACUCAAGUUCCAUUUCCAAUCCUUUGUUUCGUUCAAUGAUGCUUACAGAAUAAUUACGGCGAUAUGGAAAAUGCGAGCACUUGGUCCAGAACAGAAGGGGGAGGUGAUUGAAAAAGAUGAACCGAAAGAACUCCAGCCUGAAGAAGGCGGAUCCUUGUUCACCAAUGCAGAUGUCAAAAUGUCUGAAAUAUUGUCGUCAGUUCUUUCUGUUGACGUUGAGUCCUUGAUGGAGAUGUUUUCAGGAGGUCCCCUGGAACACAAAGUGAUGCAAAAGGCCGGUUGUAUAGACUACUCUGCAACAGAAUGGGAACUUGUGGGCUGCAAUAUACGACAGCGGCAAACAAGCUACAAAUUCGACAAAAAUCUGUCUCGCUACGGUGGUGAAGCAACCACCACUCAGCAGAAGUAUACCCUGGUGAACCGAGUUGGCUGGGCCGUUGAAGAGGUGAUGACCCUCCAAGGUGUACUACUUGGAGACUACUUCAAUCUCCAGCUGAAGUACCUUAUGACGGAUGUACCGUCGAAACCAAACACCUGCAGCGUGCAGGUUUUGUUGGGGAUUGCAUGGUUAAAGAGCACCAAGCAACAGAAGAAGGUCACGAAGAAUAUCAUUUCCAAUUCCUCAAAUAGAUUGAAGGAACUCUUUGCUGAAGUAGAGAAGGAGCUUACAUCCAGAAACGGUGCAAGCUAACAUCUGUACACACCAUAAGUAGAUUGAACAUUCCAUCAACCAAAUAUGUAUGAAGAACCCAACAGAGUUGAGGGAUCCUUGUGAUCUCUUCCUGUUCACAGUGUCACCUGCUUCAGUGUUCUUCCAUUACCUGUAGAUUCUUACAUAGAUGGGUGCUGUAAGUGCUUCGAUGUAAAUAGAUUGUUUCAGGAACGCUUCAUAGAAAGUGGUGCAGAGUUGUAAGCCCAGCAGACA